CUCAGGGCUAUCAGGGACUUCAUCCGAUCAUCGUCUUUUGCUCUGGCCUACCGAUCUGGAUACACCACAUUACGUGCGACCGCUCUGUAACCUUGCCCACUCCAGCAACGCGGCCGCAAGAUAGCAGUCAUUUUGCCGGUCUGUCAUGACCCGCUCUGCAAAGUGUAGCCCGUUGAGCUGGAUCUGCCUCGCCUGCUCCUCAUGCGCAAUCGCCCACUCGACCUUCUCCACGAGGUCCGCCAGGUCGAUCCGGACUGGGAUGUAGUGCUCGUACGGCCGCAGCCAGUCUGAAAAGUACUCCGUGAAUGCCGUGGCCUGUGUGCAGAAUGCUCGACCCAGACCUCAGCAACCCGAGAAAACGCCCCGAAAACGUGUGGCCGUCGACGUCGAGCGCAAACUUGUACUUGUACACCUCCUCGCGGGGAUGCGCGCCCCCGGG